CCUUCUCCUUUUCUUUGUCUGACUCCGUGGCCUCUCUCUAUCUCAGCGGUUUUUAUCCAUUCCCACCACCGGAUUGAACCAUUCCUUCCCGCGAUGGUAUUCUUAUUUUGGGAUCGCCCGUCUCCUGAAGAUCAGAAGAAAUGUAUCGGCAAGUGUGGCUCGUUUAACUACGACAGUGAAUAUAGAGGAGCCACUGCAAAGACUGCACUUUCGCUUCAGCAAGAUAGAGAGCUCGCCAAAAAGGGGUAUUUUGUUAAUCAUGCCCGUGUUCCAGUUGGUUCGGGAUUUAAGACUUUUGAGAAGGGCAAAAGUGCUCUUGAAAGCUGGAGACAUUUCAGCUUCGACUGGACAUUUGUUGAUCCCAAAACUAGAAUUGGAGUCGGGGAGAAGUUUUGCGUUUGUGUAAAGGAAUUCUUCCCAUGGCUUGUGAUGCCUUUACAGGUGGUGUAUGUUAACGAAACAAAGAAAAAAGGAAAGGGGAUGGCGUCCUUUGGUUUUGGCAGCGGAACUCUUCAAGGACACUUACUGGCAGGCGAAGAACGAUUCUCAAUCGCUUUGGAUGAGAACGACCAAGUUUGGUACGAAAUACUUUCGAUCUCCAAGCCUGCCCACUUUCUGUCGCUUAUCGGGUACCCUUACGUGCUUCUUCGACAGAAAUACUUCGCUCAUCAAUCAAGUAAUGCUGUUAGGAAAUACUUGGCACCAUAGCUUUGUAAACUAUCCUGGCCUCAUUGUACUCCAGCUAUCUUUGACAGAAAUGAUGUAAUACUUUAACUGCUGUGUUGUAUUAUAAUUUUUAAUAAAUUUAUUUAUGAUAAUCAGCACUAAUUCUUGUCCUCUAA